AGCUAUGGAGACUUAUUUAUGGUCCGUCCUUUUUCUUCUUAUUUACCUUGUUAGAGAAUGCCAUGGAGAUUCCUAUACAGUGACGGGACUCGUGGUUUCCUCAGUAUGCGCAGUGGCACUGUUUAUCGUCGUCAUUAUCGUCGCUAUCUUAUUCACCGUAUGGGCUGAUUUCUUGAGAAAAUACUAUAAAAAGCGAGGAAUUGAUAAGUCUCCAAGAAUAACGUACAUAAAGCAGCGCCCCCACAGCAUUAAAGGCACCAUGUCUAAAGAACAGGAAAAACAGAUGCAGCUGCAAGCCCAACAGAAACUCCGACCCAAACUCCCCAACACCUGGAGGGCUGCAACAGAACAGCAACCACCGCAACAGCAAAACGGAAAUUUGGACGGACAUUUUGGAACUUACACGACGACAGGGGAUUUCCAUUUUGGUACUGAGGAUUUCGUGGAGGAUCAGUACGCUACGGUACAAAAAUCUGCGGUUGUCAUGGAGAUGAAAGAGGACUUGGGACCGCAUUCUGUCCGUAACUACGAAAGUGUCAUGGAUUUACCCGAGGAAACUCCCGAAAGGCCAACCAAUCGGACAAGCCAACACAGCCACUUAGAGCUUAUAAACCCUUCUGAGAUGGUCGAAAUCCCUCUGCACAAAGAAGAGAAAUCCACUCAUUUCUGAUAAGAUCCGUCAGUGUCCAGGCCGGCGGCUGGGGGUGACGAAUCCAUGUUCGCUGGGCCAGUGACUUGUGUCAAACAACAUCAUUACAUGCCUAGUAUUGCCAUAAUGUCAUCCAGGGACUAUGUUCGUGUAUAUCUAAUCUGUUUGU